UCUCUCGAACGCGCAUUUUCAAACCGAGUCCCAUGUCGGGCUCGCCGUUUUCCCGCAGGUUUCAGGCCCUCAGUCCCCUGAAUGUCGCGGUGGUAAUUCCGCAUUCGGAGUGCGCUUCAACCGGCGAUCCUAUUUCCAUGUGGAAUGAUUAAGUAACCAUCUCUACCGCCACGUCGGAGUGAUGCCGCUGAGAUUCUGUGAACUUUGAGUGUUUCAUGUGCCGUUUUAUUUUAUAAAAUUUUAUUUGACUGAAAGUGCUUGAACAAGUUAAAGAAAGAUAAUCGUUUCGUAAGUGCCGAGAAACUGCGAGGGAAUUUAGCGCUAUACAAACAUGAUUUGAAAAGCUAAAGGAUGGCAUUAACUACUUGGCCGGACAAAUGGGAAUAAAAUAUAUAUAAGGAGGCGCGUACGCGCGCGGAUGGUGCGCAGAGAUGGGGGGGCCGCGGCGCAUGUCAAGUGCGCUGCUGCUGCCCAUCGCGCUACUGUCGCUGCCGCACGCACAUGCCGCCAACGCUACCAGUUACAGGGAGGAGGUGGAAUCGUCACUGCGCCUGGUGCACGCGGUAGCGACAGGAGCGACUGGCGCCUUAUGUGUGACGCAUCGGUACGGUCGUCUGAAGGCGCCUCUCCAUGCGGCGAGGUGGGACUCCGCUCGGUCCCGCGCAGACUUCGCUGCUAACCUCUUGCAGCAGCUGGGCUUGGAGUCUGCUGAUACUCUUAUGGCAGUGUCACAAGGGUUGGUAUUGGGUCCAAGUCCGCCGGAACGGGCAGUGGCGGCAAGGACGGUAGUUCUGAGGUCCGAUGGCGUAGUCAACAGUGCCGUGGCGUGGGAACGGUACGGCACUGCUGAGCCAACCCCUGUCAAAGUGCCACAGAUUGACAAACCACCUGAUCCUGAGUACCCUUGGUACGUAUCAGCGCAUGAAAGUGAGACCCUUCGCUCGCCAAAGUUCAUGCCAUCGCCUCCUGGGGCCACGAUGGAUGGUUGGUGGACUUACCCUUACUACAGUUGUGAGGCUAAACGGUGGCUCCUGUCCUAUACAGUUCCAGUCUCCACUAUUCGUAGCCUGAAAGGAGUAGUCUCCCUGGACAUAGACAUAUCUAGUUUGGAAAUAAAUCAGUGCGAAGUGGACAACCCAGAAGAAUCUGACAACCAGAUAUACUCGUUCCAUGGCACUCACAAGUGCCCCAAUGAGACCACUUACUGCGAAUAUAAACCAAUCAGGGAAAUAGGCAGACAUGCAGGAUGGGCGCGGGGGUCCUAUAUCUGUCGUUGCCGCCCUGGCUUCUACUCUAUUCAUCAUCCAGAUGGUUUCAAUGGAUCUUUGGUUGAAGUGGCAUACCAAGAGUACGAAGAGAAUGGAGUAGACAACUGGAGUGAGCCGUACGAGUGCUUGCAGUGCCAGCCCGGCUGCGAGUCCUGUCGCGGCCCCGAGCCCUGUCUCGCCACUUACAACUGGCCCUUCCGGAUAGCUCUGCUGGUGAUAUCAGUGAGCUGCGCCGUGAUGACGGUGGUGCUGGUAAUCUACACGCACCACCACCGCCGGGUCAAGGUCUUCCGAGUUGCCAGCCCUGUGUUCCUCUCCAUCACACUACUUGGGUGUGCUAUCAUGUAUAUGGAGAUGGCAGCAAUAUUUCCGGUGUUGGACAGAUAUUCGUGCAUCGCUACAAAAUGGACGCGCCACAUGGGAUUCUGCAUCACAUACACUGCUCUACUGAUGAAGACAUGGAGAGUGUCAUUAACCUACCGCGUGAAGUCAGCACACAAGCUGAAGUUGACAGAUAAGCAGCUACUACAGUGGAUGGCUCCCAUCCUGCUCAUCAUGCUGGUAUACCUCUGUACUUGGACUCUAUCUGCGCCGCCUGAUGCUGAAAAUAUAACUGACAACAGAGGAUUAAAGUUCAAGCAGUGUACAUACAACUGGUGGGAUCACAGCUUAGCUAUAGGUGAAAUCUUGUUCCUGCUAUGGGGCGUACGGGUGUGCUACCGAGUAAGACAUGCAGAGAGUCUAUACAAUGAAGCACGACUCAUAUCUAUAGCCAUCUACAACAUUUUCACUGUCAACUCGCUUAUGAUCGCCUUUCACUUACUAAUAUUGCCACGUGCGGGACCGGAUAUCAAAUAUCUCCUUGGGUUCAUCAGAACACAGCUUUCCACUUCAACUACAGUGCUACUUGUCUUCUUACCCAAGGUGAUGCGCGUAGUCCGCGGCACAGGCGACACGUGGGAUAGCAGGGCGCGUGCGCGGGGAGUGCCGGCCUCCUCUUCACUCAACGGCAUCGGCCUGGUGCCAGACGAGCCUCCUGACCUCUACCAGGAGAAUGAGGAGCUCAAGGAGGAAGUCCAGAAACUAGCAGCUCAGAUCGAAUUUAUGAAGAUAGUUCAGAUGGAGCUACACAACCGUCACCUGCGGCCACGGCCCGGCGGUUACUUCACCGCCAACGCCGCGCCGCAGAGCCCCAUGCACCCUAAGACUGUUAACAUCUCGCUGGAGAACUCCGAAUGGCCAGGCCCGGUGUGACUGGUAGCGCUGAGCGACGGCGGCUGGAUGUGGCCCGGACCGGUAGCGCGCCGCAUCAUCCGGACCAUCGACGUACGCCCGCCCGCCUUCGUUUAAUAUUAUAAAUAUCAAGCUUUCGCCACACUGUCGGCGUGACGAGGCGCUAACACGAUUCUAGUCGUCAUGACCAACUAUAAAGUCGUUUUACGAACUUCGUCGGCGCUAAUUUUGUCGCGGUUCGUGUUUGAAAUAUGUUACAGAGCUUUUACAUUUGAGUAGGUCUAUUACAAAUUCUAGAACCGCCCUGAAGUUGAGUUAGCGCCCCGUCACACCGGUAGUGUGACGAGUUUCAUUAUCUAUCUAUCAACUAGUUUAUAACAGACGUACGUUAUUUUCUACGGAGUUGUUUAUCGAUUGUACUUAGGCUUAUGUGUAUAGUUCAGGGGUUGAUAUAUUUUGCUGCAAUGUUACGCACUAAAAUAGCGCUAGUCGCGAAUUGAGUUAAACUGCAGGUAUGUCCCGGCAAAAUAUACAUAAAUCACUAGACACUUGAUUCUAGACCCAUUUACAAAUCAGUAAUCAAAUAAAUCAUGUACUGUCUUGUUGACUUAGGUACCAUGAUUAAGUAUGUGAAAAAUCCAAUGGAUUAGAAGCCCGUGUACCUACUUAGUCGAGCUACUAAGUUAUAUAGGUACCUGUUUAAUAUAAGUAUUUAGACGGCGUAUAGAUAUCAAAUCAGUUAUAUUUACAUCAAAAAUUAUAAUAUAUUUAUUCUAUUGUUUGUAACACUUAUCAAUAAUAAAUAACAUUACGCGAGACGUAACUUGUAUUUAGGUACCCUUUAUUUGUAACUGUGUGUUCUUAUUAUAAGUCAUUCCACACAAAUAAUUUAUAGAAUAAGCUACCUAUUAAGUGUUACGAAAUCUAAUAGGUACCUACUAUACAUAAAGCCUAUCGGAAAUUAAUAAAAUCAUCAUGCAAAACAAGUAUUAAUAUUUCUAAAACCAUUGAUGAAGCUAGUCAAUCCAUGAAAUAAGAGUACCUUAUUGAUAGCAAUUACAAAACACUUUUUUACUAUGUUAAUGAUCAGAUUUUAUUUUUUUGUUAGUGAAAUAUUGUAGCCAAUGAAUUUAGCAUAUAAAUGUUGAACAUUGUUCACCAUUAGGCCAGACAAUAAAAAAAAUGAAAAAUGUUACUUUUAUAAGGCAUGAGGAUAAAAUUGAGCGAAAUUUUUAUUUAGAUAAAAUUUUACAAU